UAUUUUAUUAGUUUGCUUUCAUGUUUCGUACUUUUUCUUAUAACCAUUUAUGCAUCUAGGAAGGACAUUUUCCCAGCUUGAAGACAAUUUUAGUCACAGCUACGAUGUUCUUUCCCAUGGCCGGAUAUACAUGAGCUUCAAAUACGAACUGAAAAUAAACAUAAACGUCCUUGCGAACAAUCCUAUGGAAAAUGAAGACAUGUUUGAAGGGGACAUAGCUGGUAUUGAUCCUUAUGCACUCACGGACAGGAAUGCUGUGGUUGAUGAAGCCGAGCUCUGGCCAGACGGAGUCGUUUAUUACGAAAUUGACUGGAAAUUGAGAGAUGUAAAAGAUAUCAUUAAAGAAGCUAUGCAUGAAUAUGAAUCAAAGACAUGCAUCAGAUUCCAACCAAAAACUGCUUCUACGAGGGAUUAUAUUAAACUCACCAUAGUCACAGGCUGCUGGUCUUCUGUUGGUCGCAAAGGUGGUGAACAAGAAAUUUCUUUGAGUGAAGGUUGCCAUGACAAAGUAUCUGCUGUGCAUGAACUAGGACAUGCGAUCGGGUUGUGGCACGAGCACAGUAGGUCAGAUAGGGAUGACUACUUGGAAAUUAUGUGGGACAAUAUCAAACCAGGUUCUGAGCAUAACUUCCUAAAACUGAAGCCAUGGGAGAACAACCUUUUGGGCGAAGAAUUCGAUUACAAAUCUAUAAUGUUAUAUGGGGAAUAUGCUUUUGCAAAAGACCGCAAAUCGAUGACUAUGCGUCCAAAGAAGGAAGGCGUCGUCAUUGGCUUGAUCAAUAACAAACCUGGACUUAGUGAUAGUGACGUCAGAAGGAUCAACAAGCUGUAUGAAUGCUUUGGAAAUAAGCGCCCACCACCCCCAGAUGUCCCUGACUUUACAUGCGAUUUCGAAGUGGAUAUGUGCGGUAUGGUAAACCACGAAAAUAACCAGAAAACGAAUUGGAAAAUUCAGAAAGGAGCACUAGGAGGCAGAACAGGAAGUUAUUUGGCUGUAAACGCGGCAGAUGCAUCUUUUCGUAAAGUGCGCCUGAUUACACCUUUCUUUGGAGCUUAUGGUCGCAAGAAAGCCUGCUUCAAAUUCGAUAUAUACUUCAAUGGCGGGGGAGUGGUGGCCUUGGAUGUUAUGAUACACAACAUUAACACAUCCAAACUCCUCAUGAAACACGUGGAUAAGAAAGAUGAAUGGCAAAGCGUCAAAAUUAAUGUCGAUCUGGAGGGUGAUGUUAAAUUUUCUUUAGACGCUCGUACCAGAAAAUCUGAUGGAGAAGGCAUAAUAGCUUUGGAUAACAUCCGAUACCAGCUUCGAGAGUGCGACUGAAGAAGUGAAUGAAGAUCUGUUUGUAUCAUCAAUGUUAAACUGAAAUAAAAUAUUUAUUGCAAAUAAAAAGUGAAUUCCUAAGCUAAA